AUGAAGCCUCUUGUGCAGGUGCGGGCGCCGCUGGCGCUGCUCUGCUUCGUCGCAGAGUGCAUACCUCCGCCAAGCCACCCCGCCUUUGACCCUGGUGAGCGUAGAGUCAACAAGGAGCACAUCGGAGAUGGCCUCACACUAGCAGAUGAUCCGGAGUUUGCGAAGAAACCCGACUCUGCAAAUGCAUUGGCGGACCCGGGAUGUGAAGAAACCACAGGCUGGCCAGAGUACCGCCAACGACUUGUUAGCUUGGCAAGUGAAGAGUGGCGAGAUGCUGCGGCUCUAGCCUUCGAGUGGAUGACUGAGCGUGACAUGAUGAAGACCAAGGUCAUGGAUGAAGAGGCAAAGACCUGUCUCCUUGGAGUCAUCACCUCCAUCUACUUGCUCGCAAAGUAUUCCUUGGAAGAAGAUGGCAGCUGGGAGUCGGCCGUGUACUUGAUGCGAUCGAUGAGUGGCUACGUGUCGAGCCUGCAUCCAGACAAGUUUGAUCAAAUCACUGCAGAGGGCCAGCGCUGGCCUGUAACUGUCGCGCAGCUGGACUCGAUGAGAAGACACCUGGCAAGUGUGUCACGGGACAGGACCACCACAUCAUGGAAGAACAGCGAGGGCGAGCGCUUCGUGGGCAACGCAUUCGGAUUUCAAGGUUCAGACCUUGUGGAGGAUGGAGUAUCGCUUCGAGACUCCAUGAAGAUCUACGUCUACGAUGUUGAGGAGUACGCGGAGCUCAAGUUGCUUGCGCGGGGGGCAUCCUUCUGCCGUGAAAACCAGUGGGGCUUCGAAGUCAGCUUACACGAGUGGUUCCUGACCUGUCCUUGCCGCACCGACGAUCCCUUCGAAGCUGACUUCUUCUUCGUUCCGCACUACACCGCCUGCCACUUGAAUGUGGAGACCUUUACGGAGGCACAGUCUGAUGAGCUUUUCAAAAGCUUGGUGCCACGGCUGGCACACUACAGACGAUCGCGGGGCAGAGAUCACGUUUUCGUUUGGGGCGGUGGCUUCGGAGCUGAUGGCCCUUUCCGUUCAUGGCGCGCGCACAUCGAAGAUGCGAUCUUUAUCAUGACGGAAACGGAGCUGUGGAACCCGUACCGCGACAUUGUUACUCCGUCUUUCUCUCCAUGGAAGGACAUCUUGAUUCCUGGACGGAUCUCUGUGGGGGAGGUGGUGCAGCUUUCGAAAGUUGCACCAAAGCCAGCCUCAAGACAUUUUCUGGCAGAUUUUGUGGGCUGGAAUCGGCCGCUGCACAUCGCACAGGGCGGCUUGAACUCCAGUUCUCCCCGGGAGCAGUUGCUUGAGCUGGCCCACGAGCAUGAUCUGCACAUCCGCCAAGAUGUGCCCUAUCGGGAGGCGACGCAGGGCGCCCUGUCUUCGCGGUUCUGCUUCGUCCCGAGAGGCAAGUCGGCGUGGUCAUCGAGGUUCUUUCGAGUGCUCUUCUCAGAUUGCCUGCCGGUGCUGCUGAAUGACUUCUACGAGCCGCCGUAUGGAGAGAUCUUCGACGCUUCCGGCUUCACUGUCAGGUGGCCGAUGCAGCAGGUUGGCCAAGAACUUCUCGAUACACUGCGGGCAGUGCCAGUUCAAGCGCUGGAGACGAUGCUGGAGAAGGCUCAUCAACAUCGAUGCUGGUAUAUUUGGACGCCUGCGGUCAUUGAUCAUGAUAACGUGGACUUGCAGAAGGAGAAGCUGACGAAGCCAUGUCCAAGGUGGAGAGCCGAGAACGCUUUCAUCGGAGUCAUGAGGCUGCUGCGCCGCCGCCGCCGGGCGAGUCACGCACCGGCGUUUGGAAAGGCCUUCCAUGUUCCCGACGAGGCCGGCGAGCCCGUGCCAGUGGUUGCCCAAACAUGA